AAUCAAAAAUAAAAUCCUCACCCACCCAUCAAACUCGGAAUUAUUUUCCAUUAAUACACACAUUUGCUGGUUCACUCACUAAUCCUCAAUUUAAGGAAUUUGGAUUUAUUAGGUUGCUAAGACACCUUUCCCCGUCAAAUGGGAGUUUAUUUUUCCUGCCCAUUUGCUGAAUACAGUGAUGUGGAAAGUGGCUUGGAAUCUAUUGUUGUGAAGUCCAUCAGUUUUGGGUAUGAUGAUGCCAAAACUCUCGUAAGAUCUGUCAGUUCCAAAAGUCGAGAUUCUGAAACCACAAUACUACAAUCCUCUGGUUAUGGAAAGAUGAUGAUAGAAGCAUCUGUCAGCUUCAACAAUAGAAAGUUGGAGAAAAUGGUCUCAGUCAAGGCUCCUUCCCUAGACAAAGAAAAUCAUACGCCCCUUGCAUCAAACAGCCAACAAAGCAAACUGAUGGAUAAUCAAUCCCCAGGAUCAGAUGGUGGGCUGGUGAAGAUCCAGCCAUUGCCAAUUUUGGAUCCCGCCCACCCCCAGCACGGGGCUGCGCUAAAGUUGCAGAAAGUGUACAAAAGCUUCCGAACCAGAAGGAAGCUUGCAGAUUGUGCAGUUCUAGUUGAGCAGAGCUGGUGGAAGCUCUUAGAUUUUGCUGAACUCAAGAGAAGUUCUAUAUCAUUCUUUGAUAUUGAGAAGCAUGAAACUGCCAUCUCACGAUGGUCAAGAGCAAGAACCAGAGCUGCCAAGGUUGGAAAAGGUUUAUCAAAGAAUGAUAGAGCUCAGAAGCUUGCUUUACAACACUGGCUUGAGGCUAUUGAUCCCCGGCAUCGGUACGGACAUAAUUUACACUUUUAUUAUGUUAAAUGGCUUCAUUCUCAGAGUAAAGAGCCCUUCUUCUACUGGCUGGAUAUAGGAGAAGGGAAGGAAAUAAAUAUUGUUGAAAAAUGCCCUCGAUCAAAACUUCAACAGCAGUGUAUCAAGUACUUGGGUCCGAAGGAAAGGUUGACCUAUGAAGUUGUUGUGGAGGAUGGAAUGUUCUUAUACAAGCAAUCAAGGGAGCUCCUCCACACCACUGGAGAACCCAAUGGUGCUAAGUGGAUUUUUGUUCUAAGCACAUCUAUGUCCUUGUAUGUUGGCAAGAAGAAGAAAGGCACUUUUCAGCAUUCCAGCUUUUUGGCUGGAGGAGCUACAUCUGCUGCUGGGAGAUUAGUUAUUGAGAAUGGCAUCCUGAAGGCAGUUUGGCCUCACAGCGGUCAUUAUCAGCCUACAGAGGAAAACUUUAAGGACUUUAUCUCCUUCCUCAAAGAGAACAAGGUGGAUCUCAGAGAUGUAAAGAUGAGUCCAAUUGAUGACGAAGAUGAACUGUUUGGCAAGCAAGGAAGCAGUAUUCAUCUCAGAACCAACUCAUCCGAAGAGGACUUGACUCAAAAGUUGAGUGGCUCCGAGACUGAAGAGGCCAAUGCUGAAGACUUGACUCCAGUGAAAAUUGAUUCAAUGGAAGAAGAGACUGCUGCUGCAUUGGAACUGCCUAUGUCAAGCCGACUAAGCAGUCUCAGUAGCAAAUUGGCUAAUCUUGAAAUACCAAAAAAGCAUGAAUUGUAUGAGACAUUAGAGAGCGAAAAACAAGACGUUGUACCACAUCGUAAUAGUUUGCUACCAGAAUCUCCAGUAGAUGGUUACGAAACAUCAGAUGAAGGCUUCACUUCCGAGAUGGAUUACAUGGUUCGAGAGCAGAAAUCUUUUAACGAACAGCAUGAAGAGAGUGAAGUGGAAAUCAUUCCUGAAGAAUCAAUUCUCAAAAGGAUCAGUUCGCACAAAGGAUUGCUGUCCUAUCAACUGGGGAAGCAGUUGUCUUGCAAAUGGACAACAGGAGCUGGACCUCGCAUUGGCUGUGUAAGGGACUAUCCGUCGGAGCUCCAAUGCCAAGCUUUGGAGCAAAUGAACUUGUCCCCAAGAAGUACUGCCCGUUCUAGAUCAUGCUUUACUCCUCGAUUCAUUAGUGGUCUGACCCCAUCAAGUUCUGGUAGAGAAAUGGCAGCAAGCAUUGUGUCACCUCCACUCGAGAAAGAAAGUUUCUUAAGAAGAAUCGAUCAGCAUUCAAGAACAAAGUCCUCCCCAUUGAUUAGAGGCACAUCAGCACCUUCAAUUCCUGAUGUUUUGUGAGUUAGAGCAAAUUUUCUGAUUCAUAUAUUCUUUUGUGUCAAUAGAAAAGAUGACAUAGGAAUUCUUUCUCA